AUGGUAGGAGUCACAAGCUGUGAAGAAGAAGUACUGGAGUAUGGAAGGGGAUACUCGGAGGACGUGGACUCAAUCCGAGAGCGAGAGUAUCCGCAGCUCAAAGAUACAACAUACCUGGACCAUGCGGGAACCACGUUAUAUGCCAAGUCAUUGAUCGAGUCCUUCUCUCGAGAGUUGACUUCGAAUUUGUUCGGAAAUCCCCAUUCCUUGUCCGCCUCCUCACAGCUGUCCACGCGGCGCGUGGAUGACGUCCGUCUUCGAACCCUUCGCUUCUUCAAAGCAGAUCCGGAAGAGUUUGAUCUUGUAUUUGUGGCGAAUGCCACAGCGGCGAUCAAGCUGGUUGCGGAUGGAAUGAGGGAUUCGACUCGGCAGGGAUUCUGGUAUGGGUACCAUGUGGACGCUCAUACGAGUCUCGUUGGUGUACGAGAACUCGCAGAGAAGGGAGGUCGGUGCUUUACCUCCGAUGACGAGGUCGAAGAUUGGAUCUCAAGGUUGAGUGAUGUCCGGUCUGAGUCGCUCAAGUUGUUUGCGUAUCCUGCGCAGUCGAAUAUGAAUGGUCGCCGUCUUCCAUUGUCAUGGUGCAAGAAGAUCAGGAACCAGGGUGAGACUGCCGGAGGAAACGUUUAUACUCUUCUUGACGCGGCUUCUCUGGUUUCGACUUCGCCUCUGGAUUUGAGUGAUGCAUCCGCUGCGCCGGACUUUACCGUCUUAAGUUUUUACAAAAUCUUUGGAUUUCCAGAUCUUGGUGCGUUGAUUGUCCGCAAGAGUGCUGGGCAGAUCUUUGAGCACCGCAGGUAUUUCGGAGGAGGCACUGUCGAUAUGGUUCUGACACGCGGGCUGCAGUGGCAUGCAAAAAAGCAAUCUUCGAUACAUGAUCGGCUGGAGGACGGGACUCUCCCGUUCCACGAUAUCAUUGCUCUCGACUCGGCGUUUGCAACCCAUGAGCGUCUCUUCGGCUCGAUGCAAAAUAUCUCGUCUCAUACCCGCUUUUUAGCAAAGCGCCUGUAUGAUCGACUAAACGCCUUGAGACACUUCAACGGGCAGAGAGUCUGUGAACUUUACACGUCUCCACUGUCAGAUUAUAACCAGCCCUCCACACAAGGCCCAAUCAUUGCGUUCAACCUCCGCAACAGCCAAGGGUCAUGGAUCGGAAAGUCUGAAGUUGAGAGACUUGCAGCAAUGAAAAACAUUCAAAUUAGAUCCGGGUCCCUGUGCAACCCCGGGGGAACGUCUGGGAGUCUUGGGUGGACGGGGGCUGACUUGCUCCAACAGUUUUCAGCCGGCCUGCGUUGUGGAGAUGACCACGAUGUCAUGGACGGGCGGCCGACUGGCGUCUUAAGGCUCAGCCUGGGAGCGAUGACUAACUUGGAGGACAUCAAUACCUUUGUCGAGUUUGUCGAGGAGUUUUAUGUCGAGAAAGUGGCAACUACGGACUCUCUGGUUACACCAGUACACAGUGUGCCACUUCAACAACCCCGCUUCUAUAUCGAAAGCCUGUCUCUCUAUCCGAUCAAGAGCUGCGGACCAUUCAGAGUUCCUGAUGGAAAGCGGUGGGAGGUCAGAAGGGAGGGGCUAGCUUGGGACCGAGAAUGGUGUCUCAUCCACCAGGGUACAGGUGCUGCCUUGAACCAGAAGAAGUAUCCUCGUAUGACUCUCAUUCGACCUUCUAUCGACCUUGACCGCAAUGUGCUGCGUGUCACUUGCGGGGAGCCGGGUUCAACUGAUCAGAAGCUCCUGGAAGUUUCUCUCCUGCGUGAGGACACAGAAUUGGCUACGACAUCCCUUUGCCAGCGAACAUCAAAGUCCUCUACAGUUUGUGGAGACCAGGUGACUGUACAGGCUUAUACCUCUCACUCCGUCGCGCAAUUUUUCUCCGAUUUCCUUGGUGUGCCUUGCACACUGGCGCGAUUUCCACCGCAUUCCUCAACUAGAUAUGCUUCACCCCGUAAGGCCCCAGUGGCUUGGAAACAGUACCUGAGGAAGUUCGUGAUGCCAGGCUCUUUCCCUCAAGACCCUUCGCCGCCUCCUGCCGAGAAAAAUCCCAUUCUCCUGUCCAACGAGAGUCCGAUCCUCCUCAUCUCGCGCUCUUCCGUGAAUUACUUGAACGAGAACAUCAAAGCCAAUCAGAAGAAAAAUCGGGCGGGGACAAGCAAAGCCGUAGCCGCCGACGUCUUCCGGGCCAAUAUCGUCGUCGCAGAGACUCUCACAGACCUACCCAAGGUGGAGCAACCAUACAUCGAAGACCAGUGGGAGGCCCUCAAGAUUGGACCUGAAAAGCUUCGCUUCGAUGUACUUGGUUCAUGUCAACGGUGCCAGAUGGUUUGCAUCGACCAGUUUACCGGCGUUCGUCGGGAUGAGCCCUUUUCGACACUGGCAAAGACCAGGAAGAUCAACAAUAAAAUUGUUUUUGGGAGACAUUGCUCCCUUUCUGCGUCAGAAGUUACGCAAGAGCAACAUGAUAACGCGGAGCGCUGGACGCUGAUGGUUGGCGAUAUCGUUACUCCUUCGUAUGCGCAUGAUUACGACUUAUGA